AUGGCCGAGCCAAUCCCCGCUCCGCUCAAGAUCCCCGAAGUCAGUCGGUUUCUCAACCGCGCGAACCAGCUGCGCGCCUUCAAGCCUGCCAUCUCAUACUGGUGCGAAUACCAUGCCGUCAACCAGAUUGUGGGAAAGAACCUGCACACCACCGACGAUGAGUGCUUCAACUUCACAAAGACGCUGCUGGAGCGUCUCGAGGCAACAAAGGUCGAGCGUCCGGACGACGAUGCCAUCAUGGAUAAUACCGCGGGUCAGGCCUAUGUCGAGCAGUUUGCGCAGGAGACGUUUGAUCGUGCAGAGCGCACCAUGAAGGCGAACAAAGUGACGAGACAAACUGCCGACACAUUUGAUGCCGCAGCCACCUUUUUCGAUCUCACCCACGAAUGGGGAACUCCCGAGCCAGACGUCCUCCAAAAGAUCAAGUUCGCAAAAUGGAACGCCGCCCGCAUCCUAAAGGCCAUCCGCGAGGGCAACGACCCCAAUGAAUCCAACCCCAAGCCCCGCGAAGUCGAAGACGAACCAGCCCUCGACGCCCUCGAUCCCGCCGUCCAGCAAUUCACCAGCCCCUUCUCGCCGCCGCAAGCUGCCUACGCCGAAGACGUCCCCGAUGGAGGCGAGCCGUCGCGCCAGGAGCCCGUGCAGGAAGGGUAUUUCCCCCCUACUCAGGCGGCCGAACCCGACAAUGAGCCAUUCGUCCCUUCGCCCAUGAGCGCCAGCCCUCCACCGGCGGAGUCGCUUCCGACACAACCCCCGCACUCUACGCCUCAGCUUCCACCGCAGUUUACUUCCUAUGCGCCUCCUCCCCAGCAUCCCCAACCCGUCAAUCCCUCUGUUCCUCCCAGCUGGACCGCUCCCUCGGUUGCUGUCCCUCCUGCUGUCGCAUCACCAGCUGACGCCCCAAUUCCCGUCGCAGCGCCCAUCGUACCACCGGUUACAAACGUCAGCGGUGGCGGGCGGAUAGUGGCCGAUCAGAAGAGCAUGGCGCAGGCUCAGAAACAUGCCAAGUGGGCGAUAUCGGCUCUGAAUUUCGACGACGUGCCCACCGCCGUGCAGGAACUAAGGAAUGCGCUCGCUACUCUUGGGGCGCUGUGA